AUGUUCCCUUCCGAAGAGCCGCAGAGGACCGGCUUUGACACCGCCGAAGAACUCCAUCCCACUGAGUUUCUGUCCGAUAGAGCCGAGAAACCAUCAGUGAAAGCCCACGUUGGGAUUAAGGAGCUUCGACAGGCUAUACCAGCUCAUUGCUUCAAGCCUAACCAUUUCUGGUCAUUUUUGUACCUCUUCCGCGAUCUUUCCUACGCAACACUGCUCUUUUAUCUCUAUGCAAAGAUUCCGGAAUUUGGCUGGGAAGCGCCGUACUUGCACAUCAAGUACUUUGUGCUUUUGACUCACAGCUUUGUCCAGGGCCUAGUUUGGACCGGCCUAUGGAUAAUCGCCCACGAGUGCGGCCAUAGCGCCUUUUCCACGAUAAGCGCCGUGAACGACAUUAUUGGCUUCAUUCUUCACUCAUUUCUCCUUGCCCCGUACUUCUCCUGGAAGUCGACCCAUCGCCGUCACCAUAUCUACGCUGGAAACAUGGAGAAAGAUCACAACUACGUGCCGCCUCUUCGAAAUGAGUACGCAGCCAAGCUCAGCUUGGAGCCUGGAAAGCUAGACGAGCUUGGCGAAGAUGCACCUGCCUGGCUUUUCUUCAGAAUCGUCCUGCAGCAGACUGUCGGCUGGGUCUGGUAUGUCCUGACCAACAUCGCGUGCGCGCCGUCUGCCGUAAUUAAACCAGGAAUGCCAUUCUGGCGACAUAGCCACCUGGAUCCUUGGGGAUCCUUGUUUAGGAGUUCCGAGGUUACGGCCGUCAUUACUUCCGAUAUUGGAUGCUUUAGCACGCUCGUUGGCCUUUGGUUGUUGUACAAGUACACCGGAACAUUUUCAGAUGUCUUCUGGCUGUGGAUUGCGCCAUGGAUGUGGGUUAAUCACUGGAUUGUCAUGAUCACUUACCUCCACCACACCCACCCUGAUAUCCCCAAAUACACCCCUGAAGAGUGGACAUUCGUCCUGGGCGCAACCGCCACCAUGGAUCGGUACUUUUCAUGGCCAUGGGGUUUCAUAGGGGUUCACUUCUUCCACAACAUCUCCACGGAUCAUGUCGUUCACCAUCUCUUCUCCAAGAUCCCCCACUACUACGCCCGGGAAGCGACCAAUGCCAUCGUCCCUGUCCUUGGGCAGCAGUAUAACAGAGGUAACUUCAGUAUCAAUGAACUGGUUCUUUCAUUCACAAGGUGCCAGUGGGUCGAAGGUGACGAAAUGAAGGACAAAGAAUAUUUUACAACUAGAUCUGCGGGAGACAAGAAGGCUGGCUCGCUAGGCGAGAUGCCUCGGGGUCUGUGGUACAGGGGAGGGCCGAGCCCAGCCCCUGAGUAUAAGAUGAGGAUGGGUACCAAGUACGCGCUGCCUAGUAGAGGGAUUCGAAGCAAAUAA